AUGUUCAAUUCAUCCAAAUUAUCUAUUAUCUUCUUGGUCCUCGCAAGUGCUACAUUAUUCACUCAUGCAGCUCCUACUAAAGCUGGGAAUGAAAUUACAUUAGACGCUACCACCCUUUGCAUUUACCUUCCUCCUGAAGCAGGAGGUGAUAUUGCUGGUCACGAAGACGAUGCUGUACCAUUCUGCAACACAACUACCCCUACAGGAGUAAAAGGAACAGUCAAUCUUUUUCCUGACGGAUUUAUUGUAUCAUCACAUUUCUCAACCGGAGAUGGAUUCGUUCAAUAUACAGGCAAAAUCAACCCAUCUGCAUACAGCUUGGAUUCAAAUGAUGAAGGUGGUCAAUACGACAGUGUAGGAGCUCCACCAGGUGCACAAUGUGUGGGAAAUGGUUUUGUAAAAUUUGUGAACUUAAUCGAACCAAAAGAUGAACGUUUCUGUAUCCGUUGCUGUUCUGAUAAAAGCCAAUGUGAUACUAGUAAGAGUACUGCUGGAUGUCCAGAUAUCAUCCCUGGUGAUUACAGUUAA